AUGGACGAAUCUCAAAUUUCAAGACCCGUAACUUAUGCGGUGUCGCGAUCCCGUGGGAAGCAACCGGGAGAGUCCGCGCUCAGCGCGAAGCUGAGGGAAAAGAGGAAAGCAAAAGGGCAGGCGAGAUCCUCUGAUGAGUCUGAGUCAGAGAAUGAAAUCGAGUCAGGCGCAAAGAUUUUGCACAAAAUGUUCAGUCGCAAGGUCGUUCUACAUUCUGACGACACCGUGGUGAAAUCUGGGAAGCGCAUUGCCCUGGGCGAGGCAGAGGCGCUCAGAGUCGCCGUGCUUGCUGGGAUACCCGCCCCUCGGGUUCUUGAAGCGAAUACAACUCCCGAUGGCCAAAGCAUUCGUAUGAGCUACGUUCAUGGACAAUCGCUUGAUACGCUUUGGCCCAGCAUGACGAUCGACCAGAAGAAGGACAUAGCGAGGCAGCUUCGGAUAAUCGUCGAACAGAUGCGGUCCGUUGCUCCGCCAGCCAAUCUCAUCGGCGCUUGUGAUGGGACUGAAAUUCGCGACACGAGAGUACAUUUCACCUAUCACUCGCCGCCGUGUCAAGACGAAGAGGCCUUCAACGAAUUUCUUUUAGCAGCUCUCUACGAGCAUACGCCUCCGCUUGUGCGGGAGGCAUUCACUCGCCGAUUGCGAACCAGCCAUCGCGUUGUCCUUUCUCACUGCGACUUGACACCAAGGAACAUCCUAGUGCGGGAUGGGAAAAUCCAGGGGCUUGUGGACUGGGAGGACAGCGGGUGGUAUCCGGAAUACUGGGAGUAUGUCAAAUUUUUCCAGCGCACCGCGGACAGAGACUGGAAACUGUACGCGCAGGAGAUCUUCCCCGAGUUGUACCAUGAGGAACUGGUCGACUUCAUCGCAAUGUCAAAAUUUCAGAAUACGUAG